CGCAACUUUCAAAAUAUUAUUCGAACGUUUCAUGUCCGUGGUUUCAUAUUAACGAUUUUUUAAUCAAUCAUUUCUCGUUGCCGGCACGUCGUAAUGGAAUUACUGGUGUAUGCCAGCGCUAGAUAGUAAUGCUGAGAAUUAUUUCACCUCUUGCAGCCAACAGAUGAGGUGAGUGGACAUACAAAUCAAUGGGAAUAGUUGUAUAUCCUGACUUUCCGGCGUCGCGUCGAUCAGGUCACCUUCAAUUACCUCUGAUACACGUGGCAUUAUCAGGUCAUUGACAGCAGACCGCACUGUCUUUAUCCAGGAAAGUUUUCUUUUUCAUGUUUACAUUACAUGUAGACGAUAACAGACGCCUGUUAUCUUGACACAGUGGGUAUUGAGUACCGCUGAUGACGCUUGUAACCUCAAUUAGUCCGGGCUUCAGCUGGUAACAGCAACCGAGUGCAGGAAAGAGGCGUCUCCUCUGCCUCAAAACUCAAAGUGCUACAGUGGCAUAGUUUGAAAAUACAGUAUAUGAUUACUGCUACACCAAUUUUUACUACAUCAAUUUGAUAAUAAUGAUUUUACGCGGCUUAUUACUACUGUGCUAUUGUGCAACAAGCUAUUCCUAUCAAGCCGACAACUACGUCGUAAUGAUGAACAAUGACGAUGUCGAACAAUGGAACAAAGAAACUUCGCAAAAGGAGAUGAAUGGAUUCCUUGAAGAUGAGCCUCGAGACAAACCAUAUCAAGCAACCUGGGACAGUCUGGAUAGACGACCGAUACCAGACUGGUAUGAAGAUGGGAAGAUUGGUGUUUUUAUUCACUGGGGUGUUUUUAGUGUACCUAGUUUUGGAUCUGAAUGGUUUUGGAAGAAUUGGAAAUCUGAAUCUGGUAAAAAGUAUCAGGACUUCAUGAAAGCGCACUAUGCACCUGACUUCAGUUAUCAAGAAUUUGCUCGUGACUUCACUGCAGAAUUUUUCAACGCUACACAAUGGAGUGAACUAUUCAAGGCAGCUGGAGCUAGGUAUGUCGUACUGACGAGUAAACAUCACGAAGGCUUCACCUUGUGGCCAUCAAAGUACUCCUUCAGUUGGAACUCUGUUGAUGUUGGACCACAUAAGGAUCUCGUAGGUGAUCUUGCACAGGCUGUAAGACAAAAUACAGACCUGAAAUUUGGUCUGUAUCAUUCAAUGUACGAGUGGUUCAAUCCCAUGUACUUGAAUGACAAGAAUAACAACUUUGAAACAGAUACCUUCGUUACUCAAAAGAUAUACCCUGAGCUUCUCGAACUUGUCAAUAAUUAUCAUCCAGAGGUAAUCUGGUCUGACGGUGACUGGGACGCCUCGGACACAUAUUGGAAAUCUAAGGAAUUUUUAGCCUGGUUGUAUAACGAUAGUCCUGUCAAAGAUACAGUUGUAGUUAACGAUCGAUGGGGAUCUAACAUUCCGUGCCAUCACGGUGGCUACUACACCUGUACAGAUCGUUAUAACCCAGGUGUGCUCCAGCCACACAAGUGGGAAAAUUGCAUGACUAUUGACAGGAAUUCUUGGGGAUUUCGAAGGAACGCUGUUCUGGCUGAUUACCUUUCACUGAAGGAGUUAGUACACGAACUGGUAGUAACUGUAAGCUGUGGCGGAAAUCUGCUUAUGAAUGUCGGACCGACUAAAGAUGGCAUUAUCGCACCCAUUUUUGAGGAAAGGCUUCGUGGUCUAGGUGCUUGGCUGGCAGUAAAUGGAGAAGCGAUUUAUGGCAGCAGACCAUGGAGCGUGCAAAAUGAUACGACGACCGGAGAUGUGUGGUAUACACAAAGUGCGAAUAAGCAAAACCUUUAUGCCACCCUUCUGAGCUGGCCCAAGUACGACACUUUAUGUUUGGGUGCAAAGGAAAUACCUGACAAUCCUCAAAUAUUGCUACUUUCUGAUAGUGUGAAACUGAAGUGGAAAAAAGUUGGUGAAACUAUUUGCAUAAGUUUACCUGCAGACGCCAACAAAGGAGAACCAGCAUGGACACUUCGUUUUCAAAAAAAAGAAUAAACCCGAAGUGAAUUAAAAUAUAUAGCUAUUUUAUAUUUACAGUGAUGUAUUUUGAGUAUUAACUGUGAUUAAUUAUAUUUUUCCUACAAUAUUUAAAAAAAAUUACGAAUAAACUGCGUAAAAUUGAA